ACUCAAGUGUUUCUCUCGAUUACACUAUCAGCAUAUUGCAGCCAUUAGGUUCAUAAGCUACUUAGCGGACGCCUGCAGGUACUGCGUUGUUCAUAUUUGCUGUAAAUAAAAAAACGAUGGUGUUUUACCUCAGAACUUUCACUGUUCUAAUUCUGGUUGCGUUUGGAUGUCAUUUCAUCGAGGCUAAUGAUGAAGCAAGAUUUGAUUGCUAUCCAGAGCGUCUGGUGGACAAGGAUGCUGUGAAUAAAACAUUGUGUGAAAAAAGAGGUUGCAUUUGGAAGAAACCUGGGAAAGAUCAGAAUGCACCAUCAUGUUAUUAUCCAGCCAACUUCAACGGCUAUAGAUUGAUAAAGAAGAAACAUUACCCCGAGAAUCGUACGAGAAUAUAUUCUUUGAGACGUGAAGCCAAGACAGUGUUGUAUGGAAAUCACAGUGAGAACAUUUCUGUCCACGUACAAUUUUCUCACAAUGACGUUUUACGAAUUAAGAUCGUUGACAGCCAUGAAAAACGUUACGAGGUUCCAGUCAGCAUCAGUCCCUCCCACGAAGGAGCGGAGCCGGUGUACGAUAUCCAGACUGUGGACUAUCCAUUUUCGUUAAAAAUAACCAGAAAGUCAGAUAAAGAAGUUUUGUGGGACACAUCCGUAGCACCAAUUAUAUUCAGUGAUCAAUACAUCCAGAUCUCAACAAAACUUCCCUCGAAAUAUCUCUAUGGUUUUGGAGAGGAUGAACACGAGACGUUUCACAGAUCACUGGACUGGCAGACACUUGGCAUGUUCUCUCGAGAUCAGUUUCCAUUUGCUGCACCUCAACGAAAUGUUUAUGGCGUACAUCCAUUUUAUAUGAGUUUGGAAGAGAGCAGCAAAGCACACGGAGUUGUAUUGAUAAACAGCAAUGCUAUGGAUGUGACGUUACAACCAACACCGGCCUUGACGUACAGGACUAUUGGUGGAAUACUGGAUUUUUAUAUGUUCUUCGGACCAACACCAGAGCAAGUUGUUCAACAGUACACUAAGUUAAUUGGCAGAACAAUCAUUCCACCUUACUGGAGUCUUGGUUUUCAACUAUGUCGAUAUGGGUAUAAAAAUCUGGAUGAAGUAAAGAAUGUUGUCUCAGAAAUGAAGAAAUAUGGCAUUCCUCAAGAUGUACAAUACGGUGACAUUGAUUACAUGGAAAGACAGUUGGAUUUCACUUACGACAAAAAUACAUUCAAAGGACUACCUGAGUUCGUGGAUUCUAUCAAAAAAGAUGGCCUAAAAUACAUUAUCAUCUUGGACCCAGCUAUAAGCGCAAAUGAGACAAAACCAUAUCCACCCUACAGCGAAGGGGUCAAGGAGGAUGUUUGGAUAAAGAAUAACGAUGGAGAAAUUUUAUUCGGAAAAGUAUGGCCCGACUAUCCAAAUGUCACAGAUAAUGCAAGUCUUUCUUGGGAUGAGCGAACAAAGCGUUUUCGAGCAUUCGUUGCAUUUCCUGACUACUUUGCGAAAAACACGACUAAAUGGUGGAAAUCGGAAAUCGAAAAGUUUCAUAAUAUCGUCGAUUUUGAUGGAUUGUGGAUAGACAUGAACGAGCCAGCAAAUUUUGUACACGGAUCAACGAAGGGGUGUCCUAAUAACAGAUUUGAUUAUCCUCCGUAUAAACCUUAUGUAAUCGGGAACGUCUUAGCGGACAAGACAGUGUGCAUGAGUGCCACCCAGGGUGGUGGAUUAUAUCGUCAUUAUGACGUUCAUAGUUUGUAUGGCUGGAGUCAGACUAUUGUCACACAACCGAUUGUUCAAAGUGUAACCGGUAAAAGAAGUAUUGUCAUAUCUCGAUCAACAUACCCAAGCAGUGGAAAAUAUGCUGGACACUGGUUAGGCGAUAAUCUGUCACAAUAUUAUCAAAUGCAUCGCUCUAUAGUGGGAAUGCUGGAUUUCAGCUUGUUUGGAAUUCCAUAUAUUGGUGCAGAUAUUUGUGGUUUUAUCGACAACACAACACCAAGAUUAUGCCAACGUUGGAUGCAACUCGGAGCUUUUUAUCCAUUCAGCAGAAACCACAAUGCCAUCGGAAACCAGCCUCAACAUCCUACUGUAUUUGGUGAAGAAAUCGCUAGAAACUCCAGAGAUAUCCUCCUGGUGCGGUACAGACUUCUGCCAUACCUUUACACACUGUUUUACGAAGCUCACACAAAGGGAUCAACUGUUGUGCGACCUCUAUUAAACGAGUUUACCAGUGACAAGAAAACAUGGACAAUUGACAAACAAUUCUUAUGGGGACCCGCAUUGCUUGUUAGUCCCGCAAUGGAGAAGAAUCAAACAAAAGUGAAGGCUUACUUUCCAGGUUCUCGUUGGUUUGAUUAUUUUACGAGAGAAGAGGUACCAACAAAAAAGGGAUAUCACGAGCUACAAACUCCGCAAGAUCACAUUAAUCUUCAUCUCCGAGGCGGUUAUGUUAUUCCAAUCCAAGAACCAGCAAACAAUACAUUCUUCAGUCGACGUAAUUCGUUUGGUCUGAUUGUUUCCCUGGAUGAUAAUGGCCUGGCAACUGGGAGUAUGUUUUGGGACGAUGGUGAUUCAGUAGAUUCCGUGGAGAGAAAGAAUUUCCUCUUGUUAAGAUUCAACGUGACUGAGAAUAAACUGUCAAUAACAGUUGAACAGACUGGGUUUGCUGUUGAACCUCGUCUGGAGAAUAUUCUCGUGCUGGGUUUGAAAGAUGGUAAGGUGAAAGCCUCUGAUGGGAUCUCUGUGUACCACGAAGAGACAAAGUCUCUGAACAUCACAAGAUUAAACUGGAAGUUGAAUGAAACCCAUGUGAUUUCAUGGUCGACAAAUUCAACAACUUCAACAACUCCAACAAGCCAUGGCUAUACAGUGAAAUUGGAAGUCUAUACGCAUCUUUUGUCCAACACAUUUGUUGUUUUUAUUGCCUUUCUUAUGAACAAAUAUUUGUAUUGAGAGCUCUUGAGAACCAUGCAUAUUUCUUUUCAAACAAGUGGUUGUAAUAGACAGCUUAUAUAACAAUAGUUAAAUAGUUUUUAAGCGCUUUGUAUGUUUUUGUGGUAUACGUUUGUGUAAGCUUAAACGAUUCUAGUGUUUGAAUAAAUUUUCUAAGUGUUUUUC